GACCGGCACUCGCCCUCACUCUGCUGAGCUCACAAAUGGAUCAUCAGCCCUCGAGACUAAGUAAGAGCCCACUCUGCUCUCCCUUCCCAUAUCAAGAAGCCUCAUACCAAGUCGAGACAUCCCUGAACAGAGUCAAUCACAGCCACAGCCAUGCCCUUCUCACUGAGAUCCGAUGGCGGUGGCGAGCAGCAACGCCAGGCUGCACCACCUCCGCCUCAAGCCAUCCUCUCCUCAUCGUCAGCAUCCGAUUCUCACACCAGCCUUCGUCCACCGGGCUACCCCUCGCAAGAAGAGCAGCGCGAGCGCAAGCGUCAGCAAAACGGCUCCUCGUCGCCUCCCACUGCAGGUCCUCCCGUCAUUGGCCUCCUCAUCGCCGCAGGCGUCAUCACCCUCAUGGCAGCCAAAUCGCGCGCCCGUCGAGCCCAUCACCAGGCGCAGAUGAUUUCUUCCUUGACCGAGGCUAGAGAUAGGGCUGCUGCGAGCGAGUCGGCAUGGAGAGAGGCGUAUAAGAGUGCGAUGGCUGGCAACGUUGGCAGACCUCCUGCAGCUCAACCCCCAUGCGGCAGCUAUCAGCCAGACGGGCAGCAACAGCUCCAGCCAAACAUGCGUCCAGAGCAGAAAGUCACUCCUGCUCCCUCAGGUAAUUCGAGCAGCGGCUUCAUCGACCCACGCGUAGCAGCACAAGCAGCUCGUGAAGAGCAGGAGGCCCUGGAUAACAUGGCAAUCGGUGGCGUUGGUCGCAACUCAUCCCGCUCCUCGAUGCUGGGGGAGAUGGCCUCCGGGCUGGGACAGUUCAUGGGCAUGGCAACGGGUAGAGGCGACCCAUUUCCUGGUGGUGGCCCAUGGAUGAAGAGAGGAGCCGGUCCUGGUUGGGCCGAUGGAGGUGCAGCUGAAGCGAGCGCAAAAUCGUCUUCGGAAGGCAACUGUGCACGCAAGCCCGCCGCAGCUCUCAAUCCACGACAGCGUUGGCAGCGAGCCUUUGGCGCCGGAGCGGGACAGUCGACACAGGCUACACCACAAGCUGUUAGCAACGAUGAUGCCGCGUGGGAGCGGCUGGCUCAGAAGCAAGAGGCGCGAAGCAAGGUUGCGAACCUAGAUGAUCAGCCGCAGACCGCCACAGCUGAGGGACCUUCAAUGUCCGGGCCCAAUCGAGCCGCCGUCACUCGAGCACAGAAGCGUCUCGCUGAGAUGCGCAAGGAGGCAAAGCUUCAGCGACAGCAGAAAGUGGAUGCAGACAAGGCCAAGCGUAUCGACAGUGCGAUUCUCGACGAGCUGGAUGCAGCCUUCUUUGCCAAUCAUCUGAACGGUAGCGCUGCCAACGGCCACGCUACGGAGGCGUCGGCCAGUGAGAUGGAAGAAGGCAAUGAUCAGGUCAAGACAAACGCCACUGCCGCCACCUUGGACGCUUCAUCACCUGCGCAGCGCAAUCAGCACGUUUCGAUGGACAAUGUCUUCCUCGAGCAGCAGCUGCAAGACGCCGCAGAGGAAGGACGUGAGCUGCGUCUUCAGAGGGAGCAGAGGGAGGCUCGCACUGCCAGCAGUCCUGACGCGACGAAUGCGACCAUCUCCUCGCUGCUGCGUGGCCGAAACAAGCGAGAUGGCAUUCGGACGGUCGCUGCCAAAGAGGCAGCCACGGCUAAGCACGAUCGUUUCGUUGAGGAGCUCGCAGCUGAAUUGCUAGGGCGCCCUGCUUCCCAGGCCCCGGCGAGCGAGGCGACGGCUUCCGACAGCAUCGUCGACGUUGAAGUCGCUGAAGAGCAGCAACAGCACCAGCACGAGCGAGCAAGCUCCAACAUGUCUCUCCUCGAUGCCGCUCUCGAGCACGCCGCACAGGAAGGCCGCGACGUUCGUGCACGUCAACAGCGUUCCGCAUCCUCAUCCUCGCCACAGCCGCGCUCCAUCAAUGGCACCUGGGACGACGCACAAUGGCGAGACUUCCCACUUGCGCGCACCAUUCUCUCUUCUCAAUCGGUCUUGUACCGAGGUUCGGGCCUGACAGAAGAGGACACCACCGCCCCUUUCGAAGUUGCUGUGUCCAAAGACGCCCACAAAAGUCCCGAGGAGUGGCGAGCCGAGCGCGAGAGGCUCGAGAAGGUGAUCGGCGACUUGAGGGGGAGGAUGGAGAAUAUGGACGAUCAGGUUGGGAAGAUGAAUGUAUGGGCUGACGAGGUGCACAGGAGGCUGGGCUACCACGGACGUUAUCCCGGAUCGAGGGAUAAGCCGAAUUGAGGUGUCGGAC